UUACAUAGUCUGUGGUAGUGUUCCAAUGAAAAAUAUAUCGGGGUCCAUUAACAUGGUUAUAAUAUUCUAGUGGUUAAACUAUACAACUUGACUACGUUUUUUUACAAGAUUUUAAAGAGGACAGCAUAAAUUGCUAUCAGAUUUUAACUAUUUUGAUUACAUUUCUCCAAUUCACAAUUAAGAGUGGAUUAUUUUAUUUUCUCAAAUAUGGAUUUAUCUGAAAAUGAUAUAGUUGAAGAUGAUGUGGAAAGAAAAUAUAGAACAGUUUGGGUUGGCAAUUUACAUCCUAAAGUUACUGAAGAUAUUGUGGCUGAACUUUUUUUUCAGAUGGGUCCCAUUGAGUGUGUUCAAUUUGGCUAUGAUGAUUAUAACAGAUAUGAAAAUUUUGCAUGGGUAACUUUCAAGUAUGAAAAUUCAGUAUACGAUUGUAUGAAAAUUUUUCAAGGUACAAAACUUUAUGGUUUAACAAUCAAAAUGAAAAAUUAUUUAGAUAACCCUGAAGAACAAAGAUUUGAUGAAGAACUAGAUAAUUUUAAAGAAUUGAUAAGAGUUGAAUGUGGAAAUUAUAAUAGUAAUAAACAAAAUAUCUACAAUUAUGAAAGGAACAUACCAGAUAGUUUACCACAACCACCUAUGCAUUCAUCAAAUUAUAAUUUUGAUUCAAAUAUCAAACAUAAAUUUGAACCUUAUUCAGAAUCUAAUUCUGUUCAUCAUGCAUCAAACAGUGGAAAACAUAAUCAAACUAGUCAACAGCAUUCCAAUAGAAAACAAUUUCUGAAAUUAGAAAGGUUUCCAAAUUCUUUUGAAACUUCUAAAAAUGAUUGGGUGCAUUGUAAUAGAGAAUAUUCAAAUAAGUUUUCAGAGAAUUACCAAAGUAUGUCAUCAAACAAAAAUAAAAAUAGAUUCUACAAUCAAGAACAUUUUUCUGAUAAUCAUAAUUUAAAUAAACAUAUUGUACCAGUGCGUGAUUUAAGAGAUACCAUGUAUCAUAAACGUAGUCCGACAAGUAAUGAUAUCCAAAAUGAUUCUAAUGCAGCUUGCACUUCUUCAUUAGAUCUUAGAGACAUUAUAAAUCCAAGUAGCAGUAGUUCUAAUAAAGAUCGAAGAUAUGAUAAUCCAAAUUCUUAUGGUAACUGGCAUGAUAGACACAGAAAUAAUACAGAACAGAAUUAUAGUACAUAUUUAGAAAGAAAAUUGCAAAAUAAACAUUUUGAAUCUAACCGUUUUAAUAAACAUGACAUCAAUUAUCAAAAUUAUACAAAUAGUCAAGAACAUCAUGAUCGACAAUUUACUGAUGAUCAACCUUUCAAUAAUUUUAAUGACCGUCAUCUAUACCCAAAUAAUUACCAUAAUAAUGAUUACAAUCAAAAAGAUAGUAGGCCAAAUAGUUAUGGAUACAAUAGUCAAAGAUCUUCUCGAAAUUCUGGUAAUCGCCAGCAAAGUCAUCAUCCUUACAAAAGAAAUGGUGAUCAAGAAAGGAAAGGGAGAGUAAUAAAUAAUGAUCAAUAUAGUUAUUCCCACAAUUCUAAUACUGGUGGAUAUAAUAAGCCAAGGGGUAGUUAUUAAUCUCAAUAAUUUAUAGUUGCUUUUAAUGUAAAUGUUAUCAACAUUAUGAACAACUUAAAAUUUUCUCAAUAAAAAGAUUUAACUUAAAAUUUUAUUUAACUAUAAUUUUUUGCUUUAUUUAAUUUUUUAAUUUAACUAAGAAAAAAAAAUAAAAAUAAUUGUUCAUUGUUUAUAUGAAAAAAUGGAAUUUUCUAAUGACAUUGUUAUUAAGGUUUAUAUAUUUUCAUAAAAUUUUACUGGAGUGAUAUUAUUUUGGGCAAAAAAUUUAUUUACUUAAAAAAAAUAUUUUGUACAAAUUUUGACAUUUUUUAGAUAUACAUAUAACUUUAAGCUUUGAAUUACUCAAAGACUGUUAGGUAUAAUGACACUUUAGGCUACUUGUUAUAAGCCAUUUACCUAGAUUGCCUUGGUCUUUUACUAAAUUUGGAAAUUUAUAAAAUAUUUUUUAUUAAUUAAUAAGAAAAAAAUCAAUGAUAAAUAAUUAAAAUUGUGUCACAUAUUAAAAUAUACAUUGUAUUUUACCAAAUAUUUUAAAAUUUUCAUCUUGAAGAUAAUAACAAUAGAUUUUACUAUGCAUGAUCAUUCAUUAUUUAAUUUUGGUAUUGGCUCAAUUGUUUCAAAAAAUAUUAUAAAAAAUAAUAAUUCCAAUAUAAAACAAGGAAAAAUAAAAUUUCUAAUUUUAUUUUCUUAUAGCUUAAAUAUUAGUAAUGUUAUUUAAAAAAAUGUAUAAUUUAAUAUAAUAAUAUAAUGAUAAUCCAAUAAAAAAUAUAUAUUUACAUA